UAUAAUUUAACCAAUAUAUAAUAACAUGCUUUUAGUAUUUUUUCAGGGUUUUGUUUGUAAAGCAGUAAAUUGGAAAAUACAUCACGCACGCACUCAUUCAUCUGACAUAGAGUGAAAGGUGGGAUAUUACAUACUAAAACUAAGCAAAUACGCCACUGAGCAUCAAUUCAAUUCAAGCAAUAAUCAUCUUAAUAAUGAUAAUAAUUAUUAUUUUGUAAUAUAUAAUUUGCCGUGGAGUAAAUCAAGAGAUACUCCACAUUCACAGACUCACAGACUCACAGACUCACCCCUCCCGGAUGUUAUUAGGUGUGUGAGGUAAAAAUAGCCACUGACGUUUCCUUUGCUGUGAACAAGCCCCUUACCACUUGGUUCUGUCAAUCAAAAGUCAAAACAAGAUGGCAGGCUGCAGGAGCUGGUUUUUCUACUUUACAGUUUGUGCUGUCGGUGUGUUUGGGGCCAAUGCAGAGAUCAAAUUUACCAUUCCUGUUGGGAGGUUAUUUACAUACGAGCUGAUGAGAGAAACUUUCCAGAAUGACUUUGAACCGUUGUCAAAACUCUACGCCGGUCGCUUGUAUGAUGAUGCCAUGACAUUUAAGUGCAACAGGCAGAAUUACCCAGACCUCCCAGAGUGGCUGCGCUUCACCCAAAGGCACUCGUAUGAUAACGGCUUCCUGUACGGCACGCCAACAUCUCCAGGGAAAAGUAUAAUUGAGGUCUAUGCUGUCAACAAGCGCAGCUACGAAACAGCCAGGCAAAUCCUCGUCAUCAAAAUAGUUCCAGAGAAGAUGUUGCCAUACCAAGCUGAAUUCUUCAUCAAGCUGAGGGAGGUUGAGAAGGUGCUGCCCUCUUCUGUCCAGGAUGAGAUAAAGCAGGAUUUACAGAAGCUGUGGGACACUGAGGCUUUGGAAAUUGUUAAUGUUACCAACGCCCUUGACCGUGGCGGCCGAGUUCCCCUCCCCAUUGCAGGACACUUUGAGGGUGUGUAUGUGAAGGUGGGGUCUGAGCAGUACUUCUCAGACUGUCUCCUGAAAGUGCAGUCGCCAGGAUACCAGAGGCAGUGCUCAGCAGAGGCCAAAGUCAAGAUCCCCGGAGGCUGCAACUUCUGCAGCAUUCCCAGCAACUGCAUCACCUGGUGUAAGAUCGAGCUGUUUGAUUUAACAAAGCAGGAGCCGUCUCCACCCGCUCCCACAGUGGGCUCAGGGAUACUGGAAUCAGGAGGUGACUUCAACCCUCCGGAGUCGCCUCCGAGCAGAGAUUACAUCCCAGACUACAUCGUGACAGUGAUUGUGCCCCUGAUCCUCGCCAUCAUCCUGUGUCUGCUGCUGGCCUACAUCAUGUAUGGCCGACGGGAGGGAGUUGAAAAACGGAACGGAAAGACAAACGAAAUCCAGCUGUACCACCAUCACACCAUUCUCGACAACACCGAUGAGCUGAGGAACAUGUCGGGAAACCGAGGUGUUUCUCCACCCCUGUCCACACUGCCCAUGUUCAACAGCCGGACUGGAGAGAGGGCUCCACCGCUGCACUCUGACAGCCCCACCAUCCCACUCAUCAUGGCACAGCACGAUCCCUACAGUGACACACUGCCCAGAAAAUAAGAGUGACGACGUGCCAUUCAUGCAGUUGUUUACUGCCAGUUUUACAUUUGCAGUGGAAAGUUGUGUUUGUUUGUUUUGUUUUUUUUUGGUUCUAUUAACAUAAUUUCAGUGCGCUUAUUUACUCUUAUCUAGCAUUUGUGAUUGUCUUUACUCCUUCACCUGUCACUACUACUACCACUACUGCUGAUAAUAAAAAAUAUCAAAAGCCACAUUUAUUUAUUAUUUAUUUAUUUAUUCGUUGUACCUGUGAACAGAGCCUACAGAGUCCAGGGUUGCUCAGAGAGUAGAUAAAGUUUAUACUCACCAUUUUUGAGAGGCUUGGUAUCUUGAGCAGACAACAACGGCAGGAUGUCUUUACUAAAGACAAAGGCUUAACCCACUGUCUUUACCGUCGACAGACA